AUGCUCUUUUCCACGAUUACUACGGCGCUGCUUUUUGCCGCGUCUGCCACUGCAGCUGCUCUACCAUUGCCUGGCAAACCGCAAACAUACACUCCCGCUCGUAACCUCAAGAGCCUCGCCAAACUCUUUCCUCAAAGCACUCUCGCAAGUCCAGACAGUCUCGGCCUGGACCUGAAGUACGUUGUCCUCGGUAUCGGCACACAGAACUACACAUGUAGCAAACCUGAUGACAGUGUGGCUCCUGGGACCACUGGCGCAUAUGCUACCCUAUACGACAUCGGCACGAAGCUCAACAACGACAAGAUGGCCAGGUGGAAGAUUGGCUCCAUUUCUCCUCUUGCACUAUCGCUGAGCGAAUGGGCUCCCCAAGUUGUGGACAUGAGCCUCAAGUCUCAAGGCUACGAACAUAUUGCGGGUCAUCACUUCUUCGCCGAUGUAUCAGGAACCAACACGCCAACAUUCGCCUUCGACAGACUGAGCGCGCCAUUCCCCAUGACUCAAGUGGCCAAGAUAGCCAACGUCGAUGCACCAGCACACGCAUGCCCAGGCAAGAACGGCCUACCUGCUGUUCAGUGGCUGUACCUACAGCACAGGACCGGUAUCACUCAAGGAGGAAUCGAUACCGUCUACCGUGUCGAGACUGCUGGUGGCAACAAGGCUGCCACCUGCAAGGGCAUGCCAGCUUCCUGGGAAGUCAAGUACGCUGCGCAGUAUUGGGUCUAUGGUCCAAAGCAGUAA